AUGCCACCAAUUCGCAAGAAAGAUCCCUUAAAAUCAGCUCAGACAGAGGGAAAGAUCCAGUUAGCUAUUUCUGAUUUGAAAAAUGGAAGAAUUUCCAAUAUUCGUGAAGCUACAAGGAUUUAUGAUAUUCCUUGUACAACUCUCCGAGAUCGACUCAAAGGCAUCGAAUAUAAGGGUGAAAAGCGCGCCAACCACGAUAAAUUGACUCAAUCUGAGGAGGAUUCACUUGUCAAAUGGGUUCCUGAUUUAGAUCGACGUGGAUUACCUCCCCGGCAUUCUCUCGUACGAGAAAUGGUCAAUUAUCUUCUUUUACAACAUGGCAAACCACAAGUUGGAAAAAAUUGGGUAACCAAUCUGAUUAAACGCCGCCCAGAGAUUGAUUCCAAAUUCGCAAGGAAAUAUAAUUAUGAACGUGCCAAAUGCGAAGAUCCAAAGAUCAUUCAAGAACAUUUUGAUCGCGUACGAGAUGCUAUAUCUAAGUAUGGAAUCCUACCAGAAGAUAUCUACAAUUUUGAUGAGACUGGUUUUGCUAUGGGACUUUGCGCAACUGCAAAGGUUAUUACCGGAAGUGAUCGAUAUGCUCGGCCAAAGCUUUUACAACCUGGGAAUCGAGAAUGGGUGACUGCAAUUGAAGCAACAAAUUCAACUGGUUGGGCUAUUCCUUCGUACAUUAUUUUCAAGGUAAAGAAAAAUGUACGAUUGGGCUGGAUUGAUGAUCUACCAAGUGAUUGGAUGAUUAAUAUUAGUGAAAAUGGCUGGACUACAGAUCAAAUAGGAUUAGAAUGGCUUAGAACCCAUUUUAUUCCUUAUUGUGGCCGGUCAAUGGGAUCAUAUAGAAUGUUGAUUCUUGAUGGCCAUGGAAGCCAUUUGACUGCAGAAUUUGAUCGUACAUGCACUGAGAAUAAUAUUAUUCCAAUCUGCAUGCCACCUCAUUCUUCACAUCUAUUACAGCCUCUUGAUGUUGGCUGUAUUGCGGUUUUAAAACGACAUUAUGGGCAGGUUGUUGAGCAACGAAUGAGAGAUGGAUUCAAUCAUAUCGAUAAAUUGGACUUUUUAAUGGCAUUCCCAGAGGCUCGUACGGUGGCAUAUAAAGCUCGAACUAUUCAGAAUAGCUUCGCAGCCACUGGAUUAGUGCCAUUCAAUCCAGAUCGAGUGAUUUAG